AUAACAUUCGCAUAGAGUUUUUAAACGUCAGACGCGUUUUUUCUUUACAAGUUGUGGGUACUCAAUUGCGCUUAAUAUACACACCAAAAGUAAAAGAAAGAACCAUACAGCAACAACAACAAAAAAGAAACAAUAAAACACACACACACACCCGUGCAUACACAUACACACACGCAAGAAGAAAGCAAAUUAAACAAAAAAAAAUAAAACAACAGCAACAAAAAAUAUUCCAAACCAAAUGUAAAGAAAACGACAGCGGCAACAACGUCGUCUAGAAGAAAACCAAAUAAAAAAAUAUUAAUUCCAGUAAUUAAACAAAAAUAAUAUACAAAAAAUAAUUGCAACAACAAAAUAGGAAGAAGGAAAUCACAAAAAAGAAAAUAAAAUAAUUAAUGAAAAUAAAUUGCUUUUACUUUUUUCUCCAUUAGAACCACAACCACAAAUUGAAGGGGACAUCCCACAAAAUAAGUAUAAAGAUAAAAUCAAGAAAAAGAAGAAGAAAACACAAAGAAAAUAGUUAGCAAAAAAUAAAGAAAUAUUGCAACGCCGAAGUUUGUGAAUAAAAUUUAGAAAAAAUUCCAAUUAAAAAAAUAAAAUCUAUUUUUCUACUACUAUCUAUUAUUUAAAUAAAAAAAAAAUCUUAUAAGAAAAUUUUUGGAAUUUGUUCAUAGAGCAAAUAAGCAGUAAAUUGAAAUAAUAUGGUGCUUCAUUUACAACAACAACAAAGAAUAGUUUAAAAUAUUGUUAACCAGAAAAAGGAAAUCUACAAAAAAAGAAUUCAACAACAACAAAAAGAAGAAAUAGCAAAAUAAAGUGAAAGAUAUCGCCGCCGACGACGCCGUAUUCCAGCUCUCACAGCCGCCCCCACACACACAACAACACAUUAAAAGUGCAAUAUGUUUGCAAGGAUUUAAAGGAAAGCGGAAAUUAAACAUUAUAGCUUAGCGAAGAAAGAAACAGCAUUCAACAUUUACUAAUCCAACGGGAUAUAACAACAAUCAAAACCAAAACAACAACACCAGGCAUCCAGCAACAGCAUUGCUAACGAAUCAACAGAAUUUCAGUCCACAACAGCAACAACAAUCAUCAUUUACUACUGCAAAUACAAAUCAGGUCUUGAAUACAAACAAUCCCAUAGUUACCGGUGCCACAAUAACAACAACAACUCCCUCAUCAGCAACUGGAGCAGCAGCAGCAACAACUGGUCUGGGUCAAAAUUCGAUUAAGAAUAAACAUUCAAUAACAACGCAUCAUCCCCAUUUACAACAGCAACAACAACACCACUAUCAACCGCAACAUCAUCAGCAUCCCAGCAACAACAACAACAACCAUCACAGCAACAACACAACAGCAGCAACGAUGGGUCCCACCACAUUGAAUGGCACACAGCCACCACCAGCUCAGCUCCAGCAAUAUCAGCAACAUCUACAACAGCCACAGGUAACGACUGAUACGCAACAACAGCAUCUGCAUCAUCCACACCAACAGCCGCAUCAGCAACAACCUCAGCAACAGCAGCAGCAGCAUCAACAACAACAACAACAGCAGCAACAGCAAUACCAACAAGCCGGUUCAGAUCAGCUGUCGAAAACAAACGUCUACAUACGCGGCUUGCCCGAGGGAACGACCGAUAAAGAUUUAGUUAUUUUAUGUUCAGAGUAUGGUACUAUAGUUUCGGCCAAAGCUAUAUUUGAUAAGACAACAAAAAAAUGUAAAGGUUACGGCUUUGUAGAUUUCGAAUCACCGGCAUAUGCUGAGAAUGCCGUUAAAUCUCUUCAAGCUAAAGGCAUUAAAGCACAAAUGGCAAAAGUGGGUGUUUGGGUGCUCCUUAGGCCGGCCAUACAACAAGAACAGGAUCCAACAAAUUUGUACAUCACAAAUUUGCCGCCAUAUUUCAAAGAGACUGAUUUAGAGAAAAUGUUAUCGAAGUACGGACACGUGGUGUCGACCAAGAUUCUGUGUGAUGCCCAAUUGAAUUCUCGAGGUGUCGGCUUUGCACGCAUGGAAAAUCGCGAAAAAUGCGAACAAAUCAUACAAGUCUUGAAUGGUACUACAAUACCGGGUGCUAACGAUCCAUUGGUGGUUAAAUUCGCUGACAGCGGCUCAUCGGCCAAAAAGAAUCUAUUGAAAGCCCGUGAUCCCAACAAUCGUUCGCGUUUGGAUAUAUCAGCCGGAACAGCAGGUAUGGAAAGUAUACCUGUAACCCCUGAUCCAGGGGCUCAGCAAAAUGGUACUACAGCUGGCUAUACUCGUUUUGGUACACCCCAAAUAGGUAGUUAUCCCUUGGCUAGUUCUCCAUGGAUGGGCUAUAUGAUGACUACAACUGCUACACAGCCAGCUGCAGCAUUUGAGAAUCAGUAUUUACAAUUGGCUUCUUCACCACAACAUUUGAGCGUUUCGCCAUAUAAAACCGAUCUAGUGAAUACCCUACAGGGUCCAGGAAUGUAUUUGAAUGGUUCGGAGGCCGUAAUGCCAUAUGGAGCUAUGAUGCCACCCAUGGGUCCUUUACAGUAUAUAAGUCCCUCAUAUCCCUAUUAUGCUCCUCCAAUGAUUCCUACCAUACCUAUGACAGAUUCCUCUGACCAGGCAUUGAGUACAGCUGCCUCACCCAAUGGGGCUGCCUAUACACAAUUUUUACAUCCUUUAGCACCCAAGUAGAUGAAUGUUUUUGUUUGUUAAGUUCUAAGUCUAUCCAUAAAUGGAUGAGUAUCAUAAGAAACCAAAAUUUAUGUUUGUAACUGAAAAUCGAUGAUGAAUAAGAUAAAGAUAAAGUGGAAGAGGAAAUGGAAGAGAAGAAAUUAAAGAAAUGCAGAAAGAAGAAUGAAACCAAUCAAUGAUGAUGACGACGACGACGAAGAUGAAGAAGAAUGAGAUUUUGAAAAAACGCGCUUUUUAGUAAAACAAAAAUAAAUGAAGAAAAAAGAAAACAAAACAAAAGCCAAACUGGGCUUUUCUUUGGCUUUUUGUCUAAAAUUCAUACACACAUACAAACAUACAACAACACACUCAAUCACUUACAUCAUAAGUAUGCAAACAUCUGGCAACGUUUUAUACGACGAAAAAAAAUAAUCAGCGUAAUAACAAGAAUAAGAAGAAGCAGAAUAAGAGUAAACAAACAUUUAAGAAUAAGUCAAAACAAAAACAUGCUGUAGCUUUGCCUCAAGAAGAUAACAACAAACAAAAAAAAAAAAAAAAUAUGGAAAAAUAAAAAAAAAAUAUUUUUUUAUUUCUCUUACAAAGAGACCAGCCAACUCUUUGUUGAGCAAAUUGAGUGUCACACACAGAACCGGAUGCCAGAGCUGGCCAACACAACAUGCAUGUGUCACUGGCUUGGCCAGGCCUGGCCCCUGCGGAAAGGACAUUAUCAUCAUCUCAUCAUCACCAGCAUAUUUUUCGCCGUAGUCAAAUAGAAAUGUUUCUUCGUUUCGUUCUUUCUUUCUUUGGAAUACCAAGUAAUCUUAAGCUGCACAUUCCAUCGUUUAUUAGGGUCCGGGGGAGUUUGGAGUUGGUGCUGCUGCACCAUCCAACAGCUCCUUGGAAAAAAAAAUGUUUUUUUUUUAUUUUAAAGUAGUCAUGUGUUUUUGUAGUGUUUUUUUUUUUUCUAGUUUUAGUAGUUUAUAAUAAUAAAUGAAUUUUUUAUGGUUUUUUCCUCACCUCCUUUGUUUACUGUGUUUCUUAAGCUAUUUUUGUAAAAUUUCCAAAAAACAAAAACAAAAAAAAAAUGAUAAGAAAAUCCCAGAAAAUCCAGUAGUUCUUAAAGAAAAUAAAAAAAAAAAAAAAAAACAAAAAAAAUCGUAGUGGUAAACCAAUGAUAAGCUGAAGCAAAGAAAAUAAUGAAGAAGUAAAGCGAAAUAAAAGUUUAUUAAAUGUAAGUGAAAAAAAGAAAAGAAAAACACACACAGAGGAAAAAACAAACCAUAAAUGUGGAUGUAUUAUUUAUUUUGAAUAAACGGAGAAAAUAAAACGUGAAAGGAUAUUUUUAAGUAAAACCCUGGA